AUGCACCGGAUCUUAGCGAGCCGUCGGGAGAGGCAGCUCAUGCUUUUGGGCGACGCCCCGCGCGGGGCGCCCAGCCUUUGGCCGCCCGAAUCCGCCGAAGCGGGUGACGUGGCGGAUCUUCAGUUCUCCUCCAAGGACUUUUUCACGCGGGGUGCUGGGAGCACGAAGGGCGGCGCCACUUUUCUGUCCGAAAAGUGGAUCUCUGCGGAGGGGCCUUCCGGCGACUCCAGCCAGGCGGAAAGGCGGGGGAAGGGUCGCCUUUUUGGACCUCCUGUGUCAGGUCUGCAAGUUCCAACUGGGCUGCAUGGGAAUAAUUCUCAGAACCGGGAAAAGGAAUCUGAGAGAUCCAAGUCUGUUCUGCCUCUAGAGGCGGGUUCAGCCGUUGUUGCGCGCGCGCCUCAAGGGGCGGAGAUUGUAUGGGAGACAGGCAGGAACGAGAAUGGCCCUUCGUCAGAACUUGUCCAAGGGAAAGAUGUGAUUGGAAGGAAUGUGGACGAGAAUUUGCUGGAAGUUGGGCGACAAGAACCGUUGGUCGAGGCAGAGACUGGUCGCCAAGAAGCGUUGAUUGAGCAGGAAGAGAGUUUGGAAGAACAGGCAGAGAGGGCCCUGGCCCAGUUGAAGCGGGACAGCGAGGGGGAGAUCUUGAGGGAUCCCUCUUCUUCUGUUGUCGAGCCUUCCGGUCCAGGUUCUCCCUCUCUCUGUGGCUCCCCCGCUCUCUCCCCCCUCCCGUCUUCCACCAGCGACUUCUUCCACAGCCAUCCCCUCCCCCGCCCCGACUUCGAGCGCAUCCGCGCCGCGCUCGACGCCGCGGACGCGCUCUUCAAAACCCCGUCCCCCUCCGGGUCCGCCGCGCUCGCGGCCGCGGCCGCGCUCCGCCAAACUUCCAUGUCCCCAAACUCCGAGCUCUCCUCGCCGCGCUGGAGCGAUCUCCCGGUUGUGUCCCUUCCCCCCCGGGUGCGGCGGCUCAUCGCGGCCGCGAACCAGCUCAUGCACACGCCACGUGGCAGCGGCGCAUUGGACGGAGCCUCGUCCCCGCGGGCGCGCUCGGGGGACUCGCUCGAGGACGAUCCAAGCUUGCGCUCGGAUGAGGAUACGGAACCGGUUGAUAUUUCCGGGGGAGUGCUAACCGGUCCAACGCGGUCUUUGCGUAACCUGCGCUUAACCUCCCCAAACGAAGAAAGACAAGGCGGUCCAUCACUCCGACCCUUGUACAGCAACUCCACCGGAGCAGGGAACGGGGAGCCCUUCUCAACCGGCAAUAUUGAUCCUUUCCCCGACCAGGGGUCAAGCCCCCUUUCGCCACUCCCGGCCGAUUCCCCAAUCAGUUCUGCACUUUUCGGAUCGAACCCGGUUAUUCACAGCGACGCGGAGGACUCCCCGCACCGUCUGCCCGACCCCAACACGGGGCCCUUCUCGAGCGCCCGGGGCUUUCCACCGGGUCCCGACGAACUUCGGGUGGGGUUCUUUCAAACGGUGGAAACGGUCGAUCAGGGUGUCUUUGCGAGCUUCGACUCAGUGACCGGGGGGCCUUUUCAACCGGGGAUGAUUCUUUGCGGGCAGGACUGUUCUCCCCGGAACGCUUCACCAACCGGAACGCCGACUAUGUUCAUAAACACAGAAGCGCCUCAGACUAAGCGGUUAGUGAUCCCCGACAUCCAGUCAAAGUCUCUGGAGAUCCCGUACGUUCCCCGGGUGGUCAAGCUUUCGCUGAAGCGCGCGGCCGCGAGCGCGGCCGCGCCGAAACCUCUGAAACCUCCCCACGCCCCCGGCAGCAGUUUCAAACUGCCCAUUCAGUCGCCGUUCAGACGCACACCGGGGAAGAACUACUGGGACUUCAAGCACGUCGGGGGGGGAGCUCUGCGCCCGAUCGCGACUGCGAAGGUACCCCCCGGUACGUACCAACCGGGCGAGGGGCAGCAGAACCCCAGCCCGCCGAGCUCGGGGACGGGGGGAUCCCCCGACAGCGCGGCGUUUCCCCCGGCCAGUCCCCCGGAGGACGACUGGUUCGACUUGGACCUGUUUCAGGAGCAGCGGGCGCUGCCGAGGAUCCGGACGAGACGCCGAACGAGCGGAUCGGAUCAGGCCGUCACCCGUAGCUUUGGCAACCUCUACGAGGUCCGUAACGCCGUCCGCGCAGCUCCUUCGGCGACCAUUUCCCGCGGGAUCGGCCGUUACGGGUCGCCCCGCACGGCCCUGCAGCGAAGAAUCACAACGCGCAGUCUCGCCGACUGGUCUGACUUCCUAGAGGCCAGGGAGAACGCGCUCCGGCUCGCGCACGGCGCGCUCAAGCGGCCGCCCGCGGGCGCUCGCGCGCCGGGCGCGCCUGAGAAGAACCUUGAAAACGCGCCGAGCGCGCAGGCCGCGCGCGCACCUUUUCAGGAAGCCGUACACGAGACGGAGAGUGGGAAGUGGAUGGAGACUGGAAUCCUUGGUGGCGGCGACAUGGCAUCCCCCCAGGAAGGACACGUCAGCAAACCGGUGCAGGCAGGGGGCCCGAAUUUUCUCGCGACCCUAGAGGGGAACGGGGGAAGGGAAGCAGGGUUUGAGGGUUUGGGCGCGGCCGCGGCAACGGGCACCAUCUCCGCUCAAGAGAGCCCGGUGAACGGAAUUGGAGGAACGGAGCGGAAGCGGAAGGGGUCGGCGUGGGCUUGUUGUUUUGGGAAGAAUUUGGCGACCACUUCACUGGAGUUGAAACCGCAUGAGGAAAGCAAAGCGGAUGGUACUAUCUAA